AUGGAUACAAUGGAUGGGAAGAACGAAGGAGCAAAUUUCCAACAGGAGUUGUAUGCUCGAUGUGCACGCGGCGAACAUGACGUCGAGAAAAAGUAUGGGCCUUGCGGUAUUAUCACCGCAAUCAUGUGCUUCCCGUGUGGCCUAAUCUGCCUCUUUAACGACAUUACAAAAAAGUGUGCCCGCUGCGGGACAAUCAUUCCAUAA